AUGAAAGUUUUUGAGACAAAUUCGUCAAGCUACAUUGGGAAUGCUAUUAAGCGAGCUUGGAUUUUCUCUUCAGAUGCAACCUUUGACUACUCUAUGAGACGGAGCAAUCCCCGAGGCCAUCGGAAGCCUACAGCAAAUAGUAUUGCUCAACCUUUCCAACAACAUUCUCUCGGGUCCUCUUCUCCAUUCUUGGCAAAGCUAACCAAUUUGGAAGCAUUGGACCUAUCUCAAAACCAGCUCUCAGGAGAGAUCCCUCAGGAGUUGACGCAACUCAAUUCGCUUUCGGUCUUCAACAUAUCUUAUAACAGUCUAACCGGGCCAAUACUGCAAUCACAACAGUUUGCUACAUUUGAAAACAAUUCCUACGAGGGAAAUUUGGGGCUAUGUGGCACUCCUAUGUCUAGAAAAUGCAGAGAUACCAAAACGCUAUCAGCAUCUCCUACAUCCGAAGAAGAUCAAGAUUCGGGGAGUGCAAUGGAAUUAGAAUGGAAGAUCGUGUGCAUGGGGUAUGCAAGCGGGUUAGUGAUUGGAGUAGUCCUCGGGAACUGCUUGAUCACAAGAAGAAGGGUUCAGCGUCUUGCGAAGAACUUCGGCAGAAGAAACAAAGGCGAAGAAGGUAGAAGAGAUGGUCCGCACCAAGGAAUGCUCAAUCGAAAUCCUUCGUCUUCUGUUAUUUAG